UGGGGAGGGGAAGAAGUCUGCGGUACUCCAAAAUUCUGCCUCGAAUACCAGCUAUCCAUAAUCUAGAAGGAUUUCCUCAUCUUCCCUGAUGCCUUCCGGUGGGUGGGGAUGUCUUGGCAGGCCAGGGACCAUGGAGUUGAGGAAAUCUACCCGAACCAAGAGGUGAAGAUGCAGGCGGCAGCCUCCAAAGACAAGAAACAAGGGGGCCCAGCCAGAAACCAAGGUGAAGGUGACCCCAACUAUGAGAAUAUCACCUUGACCUUCAGAAGCCAGGUCCGGCCAAAGUGUGACCAUUCACCACCCAAGAGUCAGGUCCCCACCCAGUCCAGGCUGCCCUCGGACCCUGCCCAGACCCCUCGCUGGCUGUACAGAGCCAUCAUGAGUCUGUACAUUCUCCUUGCAUUGACCUUCAUCUUCUUCAUCAUUCUCUCAGCCAUGAUCCUAGUGAAGAAUUCUGAGCUGUCCCAGGAGUUUCUGGUCUUGAAAAUGGAGCUGUGGAACGUCUCAAACUCACUGUAUGAAAUCCAGGAGGAGCAGAAUAAGAGGCAGAGCCUUGUCCGGGAGGCCAUUCACCAGAUGAUCAAGGAGGCCAUCCACAAGAUCAAUACCAGUGGGAACGGGAACUUGGAAACACUGAAAAAAGAGGUGAAACAAGUAAAGAUGGACCUGGUGAAGAAAAUGGACACAAUCCUGAAGGAGCUGGAGAAGAAGCAGAAUCCAUCUGCCCCUGCACAGUCUACAUCUAAAUAAAUGAGAGGACAUCACAGCCACAGCCUGAAGCUUGGAGGAAGGGGCUGCACCUCUUAACGCAGAUGGAAAAGGGUCUGCAGCUUGGUCUGAACCUGCUGCUCCUCCUCACAUACAGAAAAUCACAUGUCCUGAUGAAUGUGUGGAGUUGUGUGUGUGUGUUAGCAUUUUGUGGAUGGUGGGUGUGCCAGUGUAUUCCACAGGAAUGCAUCACUGUGAAUGUGGGUGUCACCACGAGUGUGGUGUGCAUGUCCAUCUCACUGUACAUGUGAUUCAUAUGUGUGUGUCGUGAUGUGUUUUGAGUGGAAGCAUGGCACAGUGGAUGGCUGUGUCAGUGAGUACCACAAAAAUGUGUCACCAUGAGCGUGGUUUUUGACGUGUUACAUGUGCCUGUUUCACGGUCAGUGUAAACAUGUGUGUUAUGUUGCAUGUAUAAACAUGUCACCGUGUGUGUUACACACCAUGGGACUCUCACUGUGAAUGUGGGUGCUAAGGUGUGUGCCCUUGUCACCACCUGUGCCCAUGUGAACAGGUGUGUGCCUAUGUGAAUGUGCCAGGUUAUGCCACCGUGUGUUCAGACCAUGUACACACACAUGUCCUUCUCCUGGAGCUGACGCCCUAAAUUUGGACUUGUAGGCUACUAGACUGUGAAAGAAUAAAUUUGAUAAAACCAUCCACUUGUGGUAUUCCCGUUAUAGCAGCACUAGAUAACUAAGACAAGCGUGUAUCCAUGUGUGUUCGUGUCCGUGAGUGUACUAUGCUCACAGCCCAUGGAUUGUGUGUUCCCCUAAGAAAACGUG